GACAUGUCGGUAACCAUGCCAAGCAGAGCAAGAGUUUAUGCAGAGGUUAAUACACAACGACCCAGAGAAUACUGGGAUUAUGAUUCAUAUGUGGUGGAAUGGGGAAAACGUGAUGACUACCAGCUCACUCGAAAACUAGGCAGGGGAAACUAUAGUGAAGUAUUUGAAGCCAUCAACAUUAACAAUAAUAAAAAAGUUGCCGUUAAAAUACUGAAGCCAGUUAUGGAGAAUAAAGUCAAGCGUGAAAUAAAGAUUUUGGAGAAUUUGAGAGGUGGUCCCAAUAUCAUAUAUUUGACAGACAUUAUAAAAAGCCCUAAUUUAGGAGCCCCUGCCUUGGUGUUGGAGCACGUAAAUAACAGAGACUACAGACAAUUGUACAAGACAUUAACUGACUAUGAUAUCCGAUUCUAUAUGUAUGAGAUUUUGAAGGCCUUGGACUAUAGUCAUAGCAUGGGGAUUAUGCACAGAGAUCUGAAACCCCAUAACGUUAUGAUUGACCAUGAAAACAGAAAGUUACGGCUAAUUGAUUGGGGCUUGGCUGAUUUUUACCAUCCUGGAAAAGUAUAUAAUGUUCGGGUCGCAUCCCGAUUCUUUAAGGGUCCCGAGUUGCUCGUAGAGUAUGAGAUGUAUGAUUAUAGUUUGGAUUUGUGGAGCUUGGGGUGCAUGUUGGCAAGUAUGAUCUUUCGCAAGGAGCCAUUUUUUCAUGGUAACGAUAAUAAUGAUCAGUUGGUGAAGAUAGCCAACGUUCUGGGCACGAAAGAUUUAUAUGAUUAUAUUGACAAAUACAAAAUUGUACUAGAUACAAAUUUUAAAAUGAUGAUAGGCACACACUCCCGAAAGCAAUGGGAGUGUUUUGUUCACAGUGAGAACCAGCACCUUGUCAGCCCAGAGGCCUUUGAUUUCCUAGACAAGCUGCUAGUAUAUGACCAUCAAUCACGGCUCACUGCCAAAGAAGCCAUGGAACACCCCUAUUUUUGUAAUGUAGUGAAGAACCAAGGUCAAAUUGGUUCAGCUGGCUGUAUACCUGUCAUCGAGGUCAAUAUGAAUCCAGGUACUUCUUUAGGGCCAGCUUCUUCAACCCUUAGACCUCAGACAGCUCCACCGGUAACAGCUGCUUCCAAGACCGCUCGGAAGACCACUACAUCUUCAACUCGCACUCACAAGUAA